AUGAGAUAUGGACAUCUAAACUACGUCACCUGUGGAUGCAGAAACACAGGAAAAUCCAAAAUCUACCUGCUGAUUGGAGUCUUUUUUUUCCUGCUGUGCGUCACACAAUCAUUGCUCAAUGCUUACUUUUGGUAUCAAUCUGUUGGAACUUCGAAAGGCUUUAAUGUCUCAGUGUGCAAUGUCACCUUGCUGGAAGAAAUCCGAGAGGUUUUAUCAGAGAGAGAUCAACUUCUUGAAAAGGAAGACCAACAUCUUGGACAGAUAGACCAACUGCUUCAGGAGAAAAAAGAAUUCCUUGAGAAGAACAAACAACUACAUCAAGAUCACAUCGAGCUGCACAACAAUGUGCAGCAAUUGAAAGAAGAAAAAAGAGAACUCCUUCAAAAUAAAGUCAAACUGGAAGACAAGAUGACUAAACUCCGGCAGAGAAACAGGCCACUUAAAAAUGAAAAUAGCAGGCUCAAUCAAGAGAAAAAUCAACUUCUCUACUGGAAGGAGCAAAUUCAAAAAGAAAAAGAUGAGCUAGUUAAAGAGAAAAAUGACCUGAUUCAAAUUGAACUUAAACUCACUGAACAAAAUGGAAAACUGCGUCAAGAGAAAUGCCAGUUACAACAAGAGAAGGAUUUACUAGAAAUACAGAUCAAAAACCUGGAAGAAAAACUUGUGGAAAAAGAAAAUCAGAUAUCAGAACUUCAAAAAAGAUUAAAUACAGGUUAG